AGGAAGCAGGGUGACUGACACAUGUUUCCAAUGAUUGUGAGCACAUGCUCCGUCAUUAGUUUUUCAGUCUGUCCUCUCACACUGCAGAGGCAACAUGAGGCUGUGGGCCGUCCUGCUGCUCGCUCUGCUCGCUCAGACUUUUGCUGCAGAUGAGUCCUGUAUGGGUCGCUGUGAGAAUGGCUUUGACUCUCAGAAGAAGUGCCAGUGUGACUCAAUGUGCAAGUAUUACAGGAGCUGCUGCUCUGACUUCGAGGUCACGUGUGGCAUGACGACUCGCGGAGACACGUUUGUGUUUGCAGAGGAUGAUGAUGGUGAGCUGUUUGAAGUUACCACUCCAUCGCUUGGACGUUCAGCCCACGACCAGUCUUCCACUGUCAUCAGUCGUCAGCUUCCGCCCACACAACAGCCCAUCUCAGACUUUGAUCACAGACCACAGCAACAUCCAGAAACCACACUAGAAAUGAACAAACCCCCUCGACUGAUGGAUACCGUACUUCAGAAUAUCCCUGUCACACAAAAAACAUCCAUUUCGCAGACAGUCCAACCUACACAGAUGUUCCCCAGCACAGCUAAACCCUCUCAGACUGAUGCAGCAGCUGAGACGACCACUGUUCCCGUCACAACAGCCACCACUGAAGCCCCCGACCCAGACGCUGUGGCCUGCAGUGGGAGGCCUUUUGACUCCUUCAUGCGAAUAAAGAAUGGCUCCAUAUAUGCCUUCAGAGGGGAGUACUUUUUUGAACUGGACCAGAAGUCAGUGCUUCCUGGUUAUCCAAAGCUCAUAAAGGAUGUGUGGGGCAUCAGCGGGCCUAUUGAUGCUGCCUUCACCCGCAUCAACUGUCAAGGGAAGACUUAUAUCUUUAAGGGAAACAAGUACUGGAGGUUUGAUAAUGGUGUGCUGGAUGAGGACUACCCUCGAGAUAUCAGCGUGGGCUUUGACAAAAUUCCUGAUCAUGUGGAUGCAGCUUUUGCUCUGCCUUCUCCUGGUCACAAUGGAAAAGAGAAGGUCUACUUUUUCAAAGCGGAUCAGUAUUACACGUACGAGUUUUUGCACCAGCCGUCCCAUGAGGAGUGUAUCACCAUGUCUGAGAGGUCUCCAUCCACACUGUUCAGGCGCUACACUGACGUGUACUACAACAACUUUGAACGUGUUAUCAGCGAGCUCUUCUCUGACUUGCCUCAGCAUCAUGACAAACACCACUUCAUUGAUAAGGACUGGAAGGGCCUCAAGUCUCCAGUGGAUGCUGUCAUGGCCGGCAGAAUUUACGUCCCUCCCCGGAGCACCACGCGACGCCGCAACGACGACCAGCCAGACCAGCAGUGGAGUCAACAGCAGGGCCAGCAGUGGAACCAGCAGCAGUACCAGCAGUAUGGACAGCAGUGGGGUCGUAGGAGGCAAAGCCGUUCAGCCUACUGGGGAUCCACGGCUGAGCGGGGGAUGAAUAUGGGCCAGGACUUUGCAGAGAUGGGGAUGGAAAUGGGUCGGAGGUUAGCAGAGAGGAGGAUGGAGAUGGAGGAGAGGCUCAGACGAGACUGGGACAGACGGUGGGAUCAAGACUGGGACCAGAACAGACGGAGAGAUGGUUACCGCCAGAACAACAGAGGCAACUAUGACUCCAGAGAUGACAGGUCGUACUGGGCGUCCAUCCAGAGGAGUCUGCCCAUACAGAGUGUCUACUUCUUUAAAGGAGAUACAUACUCCAGAGUGGACCUCAGGACCAAGAGAGUUGACCCUGCCACGCCUCCGUAUCCCAGAUCCAUCGCCAAGUACUGGCUCGGCUGUUCAGACACCACUGGGGCAGAAAAGUAGUUAUAUAAAUAGUAAUUUGGACAACAUUUGUAUAACAGAUCAUUCAUUUUACCUGAAACAGGCAGUGUCGGCUGUUGAAAGUGUGACACACUUGCUCAGUGUAACACAUAACUAACUGCUCUUCAACUUAAGCAAAUAUUGGAGAUCAAUGCAAGUCCACACGCUGCUGCUCUCCACAGUAGUUCACCCUCAACAUGGCCAAAGUUCAACUG